AUGAGCACUUCUAAUUUAAGAACUGUGUGCUACGUAAUAGCUGCAAUCAACAAUAGCAGUACUCUCAAUAAUCUCAACUUCCAAAUUUAUGAAAAAGAAAUGAGUGAAACUAUAGCUAAAGCUUUCAGAAUCCAAAUUCGAGAGAGCAAUCUUAAAAGGUUCUACAACUUAUUAGGCAAAAGCCUUUCAGAUACAUUUGAAGCAAUUUUUCAAAGAAACCCAACUUGAAGCAGAUAUAUAACUCUGAAAAUAGAAGUUCAAGCUUACCAGAAGUAUCAACUAAUCUAA